AUGUCGACCCUUAGUACCCAACCUUCUGAACUCAUAACUAGAUUCCUCACACACCCACCGUCCUCAUCGACCACAACGCCGCCCCUACCAAGCCAACCGAUCGACGAAACGCAACAAGGCCCCGUUCUAGCUGAAGGCCAGACAGAUGGCCAGAAACUGCGCACAGACGAGAAUGUAUUCAACUACUAUUUUCUUUUCUUCGCGCUCUUCGGCGCACUGGUAGCGGGGUCUCUAUGGUGGGCACAUCGCCGAAGGAAGAAGCAAAAGGAGCAGACGCGCUUGAGUGGACAACAUGCACUGGCACAGGACUUGGAGGGCUUGAUAAACACACGCCGCUUUAUGCAUGGGGAAAACAGUCACAGUCAAACCGGGGCGUUGAUUCAACGCGAAGAGGGACUCGACGAACAUGGCGAAGCUCCGCCUCCGUACAAACCGAAGAGCGAGGACACUGUGGCUGCUGGUACCACACAGAGUAUGGAUGACUGCGUCACAAUUCCUCUUAGAACACUUUUGCGGGAUGGUGUAGAGCGAGCUCAGCCUCCGCUAUACGAAGAAACUACUGGCAUUGGUAGCGCCUUGCCUGCCACACCCUCGCGCCGUUAG